AUGCAAGCAUUGCACAGAUCGCGAGCGCUUAUUUGCUUCUUAAAGAACAAGCCUGCUUUACGAAGAUUCCGUGUCACCAAUAGUUUGAAUAUACAUUCCCGCUCACCUUUAUUACAACAGACUGCACUGUGGACGACCGUUCCAGUACGGUAUGCAACGUCACUUCCAGACCAACCACAGUUUGAUUUGUCCAAUCCACUAUUAGUCAAGAUUGCAAGCAAUCCAGAAUUAGUGUCUACUUUGCAAGAGUUUGCUGAAUUAUUACAGACAAAGGGAAUCGACGUUACAAGUGGGGAACCUCCACCUAUUACAGAAGCAAUGAAACUUUUUUCUGAUCCACAGGUCAGAGAAGUUUCUGGCAGAAUUGCACGCGGUUUACAAGCUGUUGGAGUCCCAUUAGAUCCACAAGCGUUGAUGGCAAUGAUGCCAAAACAUACGACGAACGUUCACGCAACUGAAAAACUGGAAAGCACAUCUUUCCAGCAAUUGGAAGAGAAAGUUUCAGAAAUAGAUCAUGAUAUUUUGGGGAGUGAACAGAAAAUUUUAGAGAAAGAACAGGAUAUUUUAAAGAAAGAGCAGAAGAUUUUAGAGAAAGAACAGAAGGCUUUAGAGGAAGAGCAGAAUGUUUUAGAGAAAGAACAGGAUAUUUUGGGGAAAGAGCAGAAAGUUUCAGGAGUAGAGCAGAAAGUUUCAGGAGUAGAACAGAAAGUUUCAGAGGUAGAACAGAUGGGGACCAUUGGGAAAUUUACGACUAAGAUCAAAUCCUUCUUCAACUCAUUAUUUUGA